AUGGCUGGCAGCAAAGGAGGUGAAGCACCAGGAGGAAAGGGGCUGACUGAAGCUACCAUCCAGGACGCUCCUCCCGGUACGCGCAAGAGUCUGCUCAGCAACUUUGAUUUCGAUGAGCUCAUCAAGACUCAUCUCGCAUCUCAGAACAGCGUGGUUAGCAACGUGGCGCUGUUUGACAAGGAUGAUGGUCAACCCGUAGGCGCCACCACCCCAUCCUUUGCCAACGCCUUUGCUCCAGAAGAGGUGAACAACCUGUUGGACAUCUUUACUCGUCUCUCAUCUCCUGCAGGUGACAUUUCCAAUGUGGACAAGAUCACGUUGGGAGGAACAGAGUACACUCUUUCAGGUCCUCGCGGUAAUCAGUAUCCAGCCGAGAUUGCGUCUUUGCACUCCGACAAGAACGUCCUCUUUGCUACGCCCACCGCUACUUUGCUCCUCGUGCUCGAGGCUGCUCCUGGCGCCGACACCAAGCAAGCGACGGACGCAAAGCAAGCAUUCUACACUGCAGUCAAGUCCUUCAACGGGGCUCUGGCUAGCAAGGGCCUGUAG